UCUAGAAAGAAUUCCGAAAAACGCCAGUCACUACAUUGUCGAGUGUUCGAGGAGAAAUACUUACAGAAUUUUAUUUUUCUGUUUAUAGAGAAUUAGUAAAAUAAAUUUCCCUGCAAAAUGACGCAAAUUGAUUUAGAAUUAAUGAAAGUUUUUGGCUUCUGGGGCGCUAUUGUAGUUCUUAAAUUAAUGGCUAUGGUUCCAUUAACUGCUCGGCAAAGAUUCAGAAAGAAGGUAUUCGCUAAUCCAGAAGACACUGGUUUUGCUCCGAAAGCAAAAGUAACUCACGACGAUCAAGACGUAGAACGAAUUCGCAGAUGUCAUUUGAACGAUCUGGAAAAUGUUCUCCCAUGGUUUAUAAUAACUUUCCUUUAUUUGACAACCGGGCCAUCCAUUUGGCUAGCUACUAAUUUAAUUCGCGGUUUCGUUUUAAGUAGAAUCGCUCAUACUUUAACAUACGCUAUUUGUCCCAUGCAACCUGGUAGAGCUAUUUCCUUUUUCGUGGGAUACAUAAUCAUGGGAUAUCAAGCUGUUAAUUGUUUAAUGCAUUAUAUGUAAAAAAAAGAAAGAAACCGAAAAUUCUAACAAAAUCUAUUCACCAUUUUUUUUUUAUACUUUUGAUAAAAAUUGUUAACAAUUUCUCUUCGUGUAAAAUAUAUAUUAUAAAUAAUAUUGUUAGUUACAAAAUUUUCAAUUGUGACAAAAAAUUGUAAAAAGACACUUUUACAUUUAAAUAAUCGUAUUUUUCUAUAAUUUAGUUAAAUAUUUUUUGUAAUUACCAUUUUAUAUAAUGUAAUUUACAUUUCUAAGAGUAGUAUUUUGUAAUUUGUGAAAACAUUUAUUAAACAAGGAGGGGGUCCUUUAUGUUUAUUUCAUAAACAUUAUGCUUCCUCAUUGUGUGAAGCAAAAAAUUCGCUUCCUCGUGAAGGAAGCAAUGAAUUUGUCCAAUUCAAUUGAUUGAUUUAAAAAAUUUCGAGUUAAAAAUGUUUUAAAUUAAUUAAAUUUUUUGAAAAAUAAAGAAAAUUUUAAUUAA